AAAGUGUAAGGAUGUGUGGAUAAAUAUGUCAAAGUUAAUUUGAUUUGUUUGGAUCUGUUACAAGUCUCAUUUUUCUUCACGACAGAGACGUGACUAAGACGAAGAAAGAAGCACACAAGUCGGAGAUGCAAUACGACGCCGUCUAAAACCUAAACGACCGUCGUUGAAAGCCUCUCCAGUUACCUACUGCCGUUACCUACCGUCGCUGAUUCCAAGUUAUUCCACGUCACAUGUUUUGAAUGUCCAUCAUGCUUGAGUAUGCCGGGUCUAUACCACCAAUUCACUAGCACAUUUGCAGAUGAGCAUGAGCACAUAUAUAUGUUCAUAAUGUUUCCUGAAGAAUUCCGCCUAAGCUGUGAGGUAUUCUGGUCCCUGUUUGCUGAUAUUCUGUCAUUGCACUGAAGAAAUUUGGCCCGGUGUAAUGGAUCCAGGAUCUGCUGAUGUAUCAAAUUCACAACCUGUUACGACAUCAAAUGUAGAAAGGUCUCCUGCAGUUGAGUCUGCACCAGUUCAGACAACAGAGGAGGUGCCUUCAAAGCUCUCCACUUCAGGCAUCUCCUCAUGGGCCAAGAAUUUAAAAAUUCCACAACCGUUCACUGGAUCCCAAGAUGAACAAUCAUCCGGAAAUGCUGCCAAAUCACCCUUUGCUCGUUUCACUGGUGGGCUUGGAGUGCGUCUGUCCCCUAAGUCUCCUACUGAUGAACAUCCUGAUGGAACAUCAACAUCACCAUCCGGUUUUUUUGGAACAUUCACCAAAGGAUUAGUUGACUCUUCAAAGAAUGCAGUGAAGGCUGUGCAGGUUAAAGCGAGACAUGUUGUAUCCCAGAAUAAGAGAAGAUACCAGGAAGGAGGAUUUGAUUUAGACUUGACCUACAUAACAGAGAAUAUAAUUGCCAUGGGGUUCCCUGCUGGUGACAUGAGUUCUGGCCUUUUUGGCUAUGUUGAGGGUUUCUACCGAAACCAUAUGGAAGAAGUAAUUAAGUUCUUUGAAACUCAUCAUAAGGAUAAAUACAAAGUAUACAAUCUUUGUUCUGAAAGAUUGUAUGAUGCUUCUCUAUUUGAGGGAAAGGUUGCGUGUUUCCCAUUUGAUGAUCACAACUGCCCUCCUAUUCAACUCAUUAUAUCAUUUUGUCAAAGUGCAUACUCAUGGUUGAAGGAGGAUAUCGAAAAUGUUGUGGUUGUGCAUUGUAAGGCAGGAAUGGCAAGAACUGGUUUGAUGAUCUCUAGUCUUCUUCUAUACUUGAAGUUCUUUCCUACAGCGGAGGAGUCUAUGGAUUACUACAAUCAAAAGAGAUGCGUAGACGGAAAAGGACUGGUCCUGCCGAGCCAGAUUAGAUAUGUCAAGUAUUUCGAACGCAUCAUAACGUACUUUAAUGGAGAAGACCAGCCUGGACGCAGGUGCAUGCUCAGAGGAUUUCGCCUCCAUAGGUGCCCUUAUUGGAUAAGACCUUCUAUCACAGUAUCUGAUCAUAAUGGUGUGCUCUUUUCUUCGAAAAAACAUCCAAGAACCAAGGAUCUAUCGCCCGAGGAUUUUUGGUUCAAUGCACCAAAGAAAGGGGUAGUGGUUUUUGCUCUUCCAGGCGAGCCUGGCCUUGCAGAAUUAGCUGGAGACUUCAAAAUCCAUUUUCAUGACCGUCAAGGAGACUUUUACUGUUGGCUGAAUACAACAAUGAUAGAGAAUAGGAAAGUCCUCCUCACAAGUGAUCUUGAUGGUUUUGACAAGAGAAAAUUACCAUCACCUGGUUUCCAAGUGGAAGUAGUCCUUGUGGACUAUGAUUCUGCCUUUCCUGCUCGACCGCAAUCAGAAACUGCUGCCAGAGAAUCAGCUGAUAGUCCAAGCGCUAAUCCUGCCCCUAUGUCUAAUCCUACCUCAGGCGGUGAACCUGCUGCCAGAGGUAACAUGAACGAACACUCUGAGAACAACGACAAGGACGAUGUGUUCUCGGACAAUGAAACUGAGGAAACUGGAAUGUCAAAAACUGGACAGAAGAAGGCUGCUUCUGAAGCUAGUGCCCCAGCAGAUGCAAAACCCCCUGGGUCCAAGAACAGUACUGAUUCAGAUAAAUUAUCAAGCUUGACACAUAAGACAGAGCAAGUCUCAUUGGGAGACACAAGUUCCGUACACAGCGAGCCCAAAAAAGAUGCCUCAGUUGGAGCUACAUCUAAUGUUGACGUGUCCAAUCCCGUUGGAGGAGUGAGUGAUUUCAAGGUAAUGGCAGCUGAUGCAUCUGUUUUCUCAUUUGGUGAUGAAGAGGAUUAUGAGAGUGACUAAUAAGGUCGGAUGUGCAUAUUCAUCAAGAUGUACAUAAUAGCUUGCUGUGCUAGGGUCUAGCUUGUUGGAUUCUGUUCAUUUGAUUAUGCUAUCAUUUUAUUUGUUCAUGGUUUAGCACUUGAUUAUCAGUUUGAUGAAGCUACGCUGGAUGUGGCGUCUAUAACGGAUUACCUUCGGUUGAAGUUGUGUUAAAUUUGCAACAGCGUUCUGAAAGUUGUUAUAGAAUAUAUCAAAUGUACUUUAUUCUGUU